UACUGACAGAGGCCCCUCUCAAUCCCAAAGCCAACAGGGAAAAGAUGACCCAGAUCAUGUUUGAGACCUUCAAUGUUCCAGCCAUGUAUGUAGCUAUCCAAGCGGUGCUCUCCCUCUAUGCUUCUGGUCGUACAACAGGCAUUGUCCUUGACUCUGGUGAUGGUGUCACCCACAAUGUGCCCAUUUACGAGGGCUACGCUCUUCCGCAUGCCAUUAUGCGCUUGGACUUGGCCGGCCGUGAUCUCACUGACUACCUCAUGAAGAUCCUAACUGAACGAGGCUACUCAUUCGUCACCACUGCUGAAAGAGAAAUCGUCCGAGACAUCAAGGAGAAGUUGUGCUAUGUGGCGUUGGACUUUGAGAAUGAGAUGGCCACUGCAGCCUCUUCCUCCUCUCUGGAGAAGAGCUAUGAGCUUCCCGAUGGACAGGUCAUCACCAUUGGCAAUGAGAGGUUCCGCUGCCCUGAGACACUCUUCCAGCCAUCCUUCAUUGGAAUGGAAUCUGCUGGCAUCCAUGAAACCACUUACAACAGCAUCAUGAAAUGCGACAUUGACAUCCGUAAGGAUCUGUACGCCAACAACGUGCUGUCUGGUGGUACCACCAUGUACCCUGGUAUUGCAGACAGGAUGCAGAAGGAGAUCACUGCUUUGGCCCCCAGCACCAUGAAGAUCAAGAUCAUCGCCCCACCUGAGCGCAAGUACUCAGUAUGGAUUGGCGGCUCCAUCCUAGCCUCCCUCUCCACCUUCCAGCAGAUGUGGAUAAGCAAGCAAGAGUAUGACGAGGCCGGGCCAUCCAUUGUGCAUCGCAAGUGCUUCUAAACGAGACCUCCAACUCCCUCCUGUUCCCCUAAUUCUAUUAUUGCUUCAUAGCCUGUAAACUGUGAAUGUGUACCCUUUACUUCCCUCUAUUGUUUUGUCUUUGCACUGCCCACAUCUGUUUUAAUGUUUUGAUUUAAUUAUGUCAUGACAAUAUCGUGUUGUUCUAAAUGGGUUCAAAAGCUUGAUAGUGCUGCCAGUUUGAAAGAUUGGGGAGAUUCUUUUGGGUGGCGAGACUCCAGAGAUGAGAAGAGGGCAUUGAGGAACAGGGCUCAUUCUCCCUUUUGUGUUAAAAUGCUAGGGGGUAACACAACUGCAUGUCGGCUUUCAGGCAGUCUGUUUGGAUAUCAUAUGAUAACUCCAUGAAGGAAUAAAGCUCUGCAAUAAUAACCUGUAUUUCACCUCUUUUGUUUCUGCAACAAAUUCCACAGCACAUGAUUAAUAUUUGCACAUAAAAAUUAAAACAGAUCUAAAUUAUAUUCUUAAAAUUUGUCAUGUUAAUACAUAGAAAUAUUUCUAUAUA